UUCACCAUCAUGGACCAAAACCGAGAUGGAUUCAUUGACAAAAACGACUUGAGGGACACCUUUGCUGCACUGGGCCGUCUCAACGUGAAACAAAAGGACAUAGAUGAGAUGCUGAAAGAAGUGUCGGGCCCAGUCAACUUCACCGUCUUCCUCACCAUGUUUGGAGAGAAGCUAAAAGGCGCUGAUCCAGAGGAAACUAUCCUCAACGCAUUUAAAGUAUUUGAUCCUGAAGGAAAACGGGUCCUGAGGAAGGACUCACGAAUACUGACGACACAAGCGGACAGAUUUUCUCCUGAAGAGAUGGAGCAAAUGUUUGCAGCCUUCCCACCAGACAUGGCAGGAAAUCUAGACUACAAAAACCUUGUCCACAUCAUCAUACAUGGAGAAGAGAAGGACGAGGAGUAA